ACGACGUAUCGUCUCCAUAUGCAUACUAUAUACUUAGUUAAAGAAGUACUGGUCGAUCCGUGGCAGCGACAUUAGAAGUUUGCACGCCGUCCAGCGCACAGCGCAUUGUCCUCCCGCGUCCGAGUUUUGCGCAUAAUUGCCAACCAAAAUGACUACAGCCAGCGUACUGUUAACUGUAGCGACUACUUGGAACGUGGCCAGCGAUAAAGUGGACAAAUCGCGGAUAGCGCGCACAACGCAGAGCCUUGCUGCCGAAGCAGCGAAAGAGCUUAGAGAAACAACCGCUACUAGAGAGCAAGCACUGCGUAUAAUGAGAGAUUGGAUACAGAAAAAUAAUGACAUCAAAAAUGUACGACAAGAUGAUGCUUUCUUGUUACGUUUUCUACGUCACAAAAAGUACAGCGUACCUAUGGCCCAACAAACACUAUUGAAAUAUUUGAACUUGAGAAAAUACUAUCCAGAAAUCUUUUUGAAUGUAGAUUGCGAAGAUCAGAAUUUACAAGAAAUAAUCAAUAAUGGGUACUUGGCGGUAUCACCAGUUCGGGACAGCAAAGGUCGGCGGGUCAUCGUUUACAACAUGAGUAAAUUCAAUGCAAAUAAGCUGACAUGUUGGGACAUGUGCCGUGUGCAUACCCUGAUUUACGAGAGUCUGCUGGAAGACCCCAUCGAUCAAAUCUGUGGGUUCACGCAUGUGGGGGACGGCAGCGGGGUUACCGGAGCGCACAUUACUGCUUGGAAUCCUACUGAUUUUGCAAGACUUAUGAAAUGGGGAGAGCAAUCGAUGCCAAUGAGACAUAAAGAAUUUCACUUAAUAAAUAUACCUACUGCUAUUAAGUAUAUCAUAGACUUUGCAAAAAGCAAAGUUACAGCAAAAAUGGCAGCAAGACUUCAGAUUCAUUCGUCUUUAAAACAGCUACACAAAAACGUCGACGUGGCAUGUCUCCCUACAAUAUACGGCGGUGAAAUACCACUCCAAGAUAUGAUAACAUUCACUAAACAACUGAUAAGCGACCAAAGAAAAACAGUGCUUAACCUCGACGACAUGCAAAUACUAAGUACCAGGGGUAUAAUUUCGUCAAGAUCUAAAAACAAUAUUCAAAACGACUCUGUUUCAGUAGAAGGUAGUUUCAGGAAAUUAGAAAUAGACUAAAAUAAUAUUGUAUAAUUUUUUAUUGACAAGUUACAUGGUCUUGAUAUAGUAACUUUUUUGAAAAUUGUGAAAUGAAUUUGACGUAACAUUGUUAUGUGAUGAAACAUAAUGAUGUUUCGUUGCCAAUUGCCGCUAAAUAUACAGGGUCCUAUUACUGCAGGUUAUAUUCGACUGUUGACUUUGAUUAUAAAUAUAUAUUAAUUUAGGUAAUGUUCUGCUCUCUGAAGAAAAAAUACGAAAACGAUUUAUUUUUGAGAUAAAUUAAAAACAUUCCCUGAUUAAAUUUCAUUGCCAAAAAGUUGAAUAAAACAUGCACUUACAUUUGCAGAAAUCGUUAUUGUGUGGAAAAUAUUGCAGACAUAUCUCAUAAUCAGAUUUUUCUUACAUCCGAGUACAGAGAUUAGAUGUAGAGUAAUUAAUUGGAUUCUAUAAAAUAUGCUUUUCUAUUUGGUUAAUCAGUAUUCUACAUUGUAAAUAUUAUUUUGAAUGUAUUAAAUUUUGUGUAUAAAGAACUCUUCAAAAUUAAAAUGGAAUAAAGUCAAAGUAAAAUAGUGGAAAUAUAUUUAGAAAAUUGCAUAUGGUUUUAUUUAGGGAUAGAGUAACCGAGUGUAUUUAUAAAUGGUGACUGUAUUUAUUAGGUCGAUUAUUAAUGUGUUUCAUUUUUGACAUUUGUUGGACUUAUUGAUUGUAAAGGGGGUUAACACAGCAUUUAUUGGCGCAUACUAAUUGUACUAUAUUUAAAGUUAUAAAAAGUGACAAGUGCCAAAUACAUGUGUGCUGCCUGUUUAAACACUACUACGUUAUUUUACUUUAUUUUCCAUGUUUUAUUAUUUUAAUACAAUAAUUAUAUCUACAAUAAAGAAAAGAGGUAUAGUGGGUGUAGAGUAUUAUUUAUUAGCUAUAAUAUUUUCUGUAGUUUUUAUACAUAUACAUUUUUUUAAUAAAUAUGACAGUAAAUUUA